GCUCAUCAUGCCCGAGUCGCAUCCAUCUGGUAACGGUUCUGCAACGUCCGCAUUCACCAUAUUGGAUGAACCUAUUGAUUAUGCACGUCCUCUGAGAGUAAUCAUCGUGGGUACUGGAUUCGGAGGUCUGGCAGCAGCGUAUCACGUCAAGAAACACACAGAGAAUGUAGAGUUUGUAUUAUACGAGAAGAACGAAGAUGUGGGUGGAACAUGGUACGAGAAUCGUUAUCCAGGAGUCGCCUGCGAUGUCCCCGCACAUGUGUACCAAUUUACCUUUGAGGAGAAUACGCAAUGGAGCAAAUUCUACGCGGAUGGCCCGGAGAUUUUACAAUACCUUCGGGACGUCGCGUCAAAAAUUGGGGUGAAGAAUCAAAUCAAGUUUAAACACGAAGUGACGAAGGCGGAGUGGGACGAGUCUUCCGGCCAGUGGAGCGUCACUAUCCGCGACCUAGAGAGCGACUCUACUCUUACCGACACCGCUCACGUGGUUAUAUCCGCGACUGGGUCUCUCAACAAUCGCCGGGACCCAGAGAUUGAGGGCAAGGAGAAGUUUAAGGGCAAGAUAGUUCACACUGCUUCAUGGGAUCUUGAACCUGCUGGCGAAUCCUGGAAAGGCCGUCGCGUCGCAGUUAUCGGAUAUGGCUCUAGCGCUACCCAAGUCGUGCCGGCACUGCAGCCGUACGUCAGUACCAUAGACAGCUAUGUCCGUGGAAAGACCUGGAUCUUUCAGCCGUUCAUUCCUGUCGACCAGUACCCUGACGGCAAGACCGGGAACCACGUAUUCUCUGAAGAGGAGCUGCGCGAUUUCCUCACCAAAGACAAGUACAAGGAGUUCCGCUUCAAUUUGGAGGACGCCUGCAAUACAUUCUACCCUCUGACGUUGGAUGGAAGCGCUUUCCAGACUGAGGCUAGGGCAGGCCUUGAGCAGGCCAUGAAAGCAAGAUUAGCGUCGCGGCCUGAUAUUGCCGAGAAUUUGAUCCCAGAUUUCCCUGUCAGUUGCCGCAGGCUUACGCCUGGUCUAGGCUACCUCGAAGCCUUGACGGCACCAAACUCUCAGUUCAUCCCUGCCGAGAUCAAGCGUAUGACUGAAGACGGCAUCGAGACCGUGGACGGUACACACCGGUCAUACGACGUCGUUAUUGCGGCCACCGGUUUUGACACGUCUUUCAAGCCACGAUUCCCCAUUCUUGGCCAGGGGGGUGUAAACCUGCAGGAUCUGUGGUCCGACUAUCCUCAGACAUAUCUGGGUCUAUGCCAAGACCGAUUCCCCAACUGGUUUCAAGUUGGGGGGCCUAAUACCGGGAUCGCCGUUGGACUCCUGAUCCCCAUGCUGGAGAAGGAAGCAGAAUACGCUGCUGGUUGCAUUCGGAAAAUACAGUACCAGCGGAUCAAGUCUAUGGCGGUCAAGAAGCAGGCGGUGCAGGCAUUCCAAACGUAUGUCGACGCGUACUUCCCUAGAACAAUCUUCACCAAAAAUUGCCCGAGCUGGUACAAGAAUGGCAAACCUGACGGUAGGGUCAUGGGUUUAUGGCCUGGUUCAACGCUUCACCACCUUCGCGCUCUCGAGCAACCUCGGUACGAGGACUAUGAAUACACCUACAUUGGCAGCGACCAGAGCGACGACCCGGGCAAUCUUCUUCGGUGGCUGGGCAAUGGGAUAACAGUUGCUGAGGUCGAGGCAAAGCCGGGUACCAGAGCGUGGUACUAUCCACGAGUAUGAAAG